AUGUAUUCGGAUAGUGACUCGGAGUCAUCAGAGUCCGACACUGUGGUCACCAUGUUCGAGGAGGAGGUGUUCACCAGGCAGUACACAGUGUUGAAGACCUUGGGCCAUGGUGGCACUUCCGAUGUGAGGCUGUGCUACCACCGCCUUACAGGAGCCCCAGUUGCUGUCAAGGCUCUUUUGAGGGAGAGGUGGUCGGACCCAACAGUGCCCGAAGCGGACAUUAUGAAAAUGCUCAGUCACCCAAACAUCGUCUCGCUUGUGCAAAUAAUUGAGACAGAACACACAACUUACUUAAUUAUGGAAGUUGCCAGAGGAGAAGAGCUACUUAAACGAGUCCGGGACUCUGGAUGCCUGAAAGAAGAUGAAGCUAGGAGCAUAUUUGUUCAGCUGCUCAGUGCCAUAGGCUACUGUCAUGGUAAAGGUGUGGUGCACAGGGACAUAAAGCCUGACAAUAUCAUUGUAGGUGAGGAUGGAAAGGCUACACUUAUUGAUUUCAGCCUCGGAGACACAUUCCUACCUGGACAAAAACUGGAAAGGCUGUGUGGAGCCUUCCAGUUCAUUGCUCCAGAGAUCUUCCGAGGCCUACCCUACGAUGGCACAAAAGUAGAUAUGUGGGCCUUGGGGGUCAUUUUAUAUUAUAUGACCACCGGAUUCCUGCCAUUUGGAGGAGGAACCCUGUCGGAACUGAGCAACAAGGUGAUGAAUGGAAAAUACUGUACACCGGAUCAUCUCUCCGACGAUAUUAGGAGCAUGAUUAGCCUUCUGCUAACUGUCAACCCAAGGCAGAGGCCAAAUGCGCAAGAACUCGUAAGCCAUCCAUGGCUCCAGCAAGGGGGAAAGACUUUGACAUUCCAUUACAACAGUGACACCAGAUUCCCAGACCCUGAUAUAAUGGGGGCCAUGGAAAGCAUUGGCUUUCAUUCCCAAGACAUAAGAGAAGCUUUAAAACACAAGGAGUUUGACGAAACUAGAGCUACAUACUACUUAUUGAAAAGCCUGGCAAAUCAGGAUGAUGGCAAUUAUGUGCAAAGAGAUGUCACUAACCCAGGAGUGACACCUUUCCCUUCACCAACAGACCCUAGCACUUACCCUCUGCCUCCCAGGAGAAGGGCCAGUGAACCUUCCCUUAAAAUAUGA